CUCCUCUCUGGGUGCGUGCGUGAGGUCUCAAUUUCCCGCUCACGUCAGUUUCCCUCCAGCUUUUUCAAAGUUUGGUUCUUGCGCUUCCGGAGGCGAGAUUGCGUUUGGGGGACAAUUGUUCUACGAGGGACUUUUAUAAUAUUUAUUAUCUAUCAAGCUGCAUGUUAUAUGUUUAUUUUGAAGUGCUCAACAGAUAAUAAAUUAAGCAUUUACUUAGUGCACAAACUUAUGUCAUUAUCAGCUUAUAUAUUUUUUUUUAAACCAAACUUUAUUCCGUGGAUUUUGUAACUUUGCCAGAGAAUAUAAAACACUCGCAACUUGCCUGAAAUAUUGCAAACUAUACCCGAGAAGAAACUGUAUAUGCACAUUACAGUUUCCACAAAAGUAACGACCAGUUUAAGAGCAUGUGACAACCCAGAACAUAAAAGUGUUGAAUGAUUCAGAAACGGAAACAAUUCGAACACUUUACGGACUGUGAUGAAUAUUAAUGACUGAGCCAGAUAUUUUAGAGAAUGACCGGGCGAUUUUAGACUCAUCCGGCUAUUUUAGAGACCCACUCGGCUCUUUUUAGAGACUCGUCCGGUUAUUUGAGAGACUGAACCGGCUAUUUUAAUAUUACCGUCAAGACGCGACGCGCGCGAAUACCAAGGAAAAUCUAAGACAAAUAAACGCUGAUGUUUUAAUAUUUAAAACACUUUAAGAUAAUUAAAAAAAGCACGUGACUGAAGCACGAAUAACUAGCUGCCCCAUCCCUCACUCACACGCCCAAAACAGCCAUAAACCACGUAAGAAACAACUUAAACGAACAUAAAAGCAUUAAAUAGCCAGUGGCGAUACUUCCAAAACCCAUAAAAGUAAAUUGAAACAACUUAACUGGACAUUAAAUGCUUGGAGAAGCCAAUAAAGACCCUCGGGGCAAAAAUCGAUACAUCAAUACAAGAACUUGGCAAGUUUUGAAUCUGGGACCGUGGUCAGCCAGCUGGUGGUGGCGGGGGGGCCGCACUGACAGGAAAAUCUAGUUGACGGGGCGUCACGCUGGACAGAUAAGGACAGCCAGCGGCCGACGGGUAUCUCCACCAACCCAAUUUACCCAAUUAUCAACGGAGGAAGCAACAAGGACGACUUCAACGACCCUGGGGAGAGUAGCGACAGGCAGCCAGAGAUACGACCCCACAGCAGGCGGCCAGCAGAAGCCCCGCUGCGGUAUCUGAAUGGUGGUCGUUAUGAGGGGACGACCCCGUGUGGCUCUGCGGUAGUGAAGGACACAGACGAGGGAGAUACAGAGGGGUCCACCAGGUCAGUGGGUCAACGAGGGGUCGUGGCAACGCCCAGACGACGAGAGAGGAUCGUUACGACGACGAGAAGGGGGGACGCCAGUUGCGACGACGAGAGGGGGGAGGUCGUUGCGACGCCCAGGCGGCGAGUGGGAAGCCGCUGCGACGCCUGGCGGGAGGGACGCCGGCCGACACGACAUGCAGCGAUGCCGGGUGACAAGCAGGCACCAGCGUCGCUGGGAGAGGAGAGGCCAGUGGGAUGUGUGAGGAGCGUGGGCGUGAGGCGGGUGAGGUGAGGAGCAGGAUGGGUGGCCAGCGGUCCGUGUGGGCGCUGCGGGCAACGCUGCUGCUCUCCCUGGGGUCGUGUCUCCUCUGUGUGAGGACGAGCGACGGCUCCCGAGGCCAGCUGCGCCUCAUGACCAAGACGGUGACGGAGGGGGAGGUGCUCCCCCGCCCCGGGGCCUCCACAAGGGAGAGGGAGAUCGCCGCCAUCUUCAGGGGCGUCGCCUACGGUGCCCCCACCACCACCACCCUCACUCCUAUUCCUCCUGCUGCUCCUGAGGCAGACCAAGUGCUGAAAGCUCUCAUCCUGCCUCAGGGGUCCACUGCCUCGGGCGAGGGUCGUAAUAACAACCGCAGCUUCCUCGGGCCGAAAGCCGAGUAUGAAAUACCCAGCAGUAAGAAAGGCAGUUACCAGGUUGACAUUGUGCCCGUGAGCGGCGGGGGCGCCACCCCUGGGGCUCCUGGCCCUGGUGCCGGCCAGGAAGGUUCUGAUGACUCCCCAGGAACCGUGGCUCCAGGCCAGGGCGGGUCUGUGCGGUCGGACACUAGCGUGAGCACGUCUGACGUGCGGGUGAGCCUGGGUCUGGCCUGGUGGGCGCACGUGUACGUGUCUGUGGGACUGUACAGCCUGGUGGCUGUUGCGUCACUCUGCCUCCUGGCGCGGGCUGUUGCCGCCACACGCCUCCUCCCGCGCCCUCACUACUUCUUCCUCCACCUUCUCAUCUUCCUCUCGGCCUCGUCGCGCGGCCUCUGCCUCCUGCACGACGCUCACACUCUCCACCACCUGCUGCCGGCCGCCGUACUCAUAGCCCUGGAGGACAGUGGCUGGCCAUUCUUGACAGCAGCGCUGGCAGUGAUGGUGGUGGGCGUGGUGGGGCUGUGGCACCACCCACGCCGCCCCUGCACAGCCCUCACUGUUGCUCUCAUCACCGUCACUCAUCUUCUCUUGCUUCCUGUCACACAUAUGACUAUGAACUUCCUGGAGCCCCAGGAUCUGCCCAUCAUGGUGACCACAAGGGCGGCAGCUGUUGCCUGGGGCAGUGCCCUAGGCGUGGGCAGCGUGUGGGCGGUGUGGCCGGCGAGCAGAGGGCACCCCGCCCAACUGACCGAUGCUGUGGGUCCCGGGCAGGAGAGCUGCCACAGCGUCAGCACCCCCGCCCACGUGGUGUUGGUGGGCGCCCUCGCUCAACUGCUACUGGCGGCCCUAAACCUGUAUGUUCUGGUGGUGCCAGUGACCCCAGCACACGAGGCGUGGGCGUGGUGGUGCCGCUUAACCCUGGCCAAUGGGCUGGAGGUGCUGAUGGGCGGCAUGCUGCUGACGGCUGCUGCCCUUACUAUCAGUCGGCCGACACAGUGCUGUGCCCUCAACUGCUACUGCUGCCAGAAGAGGACGGUGGAGAUGGUGCACCCGUCAUCCAUCAAGAUGAUCCACCCGCUCGGGGUGUACACGCUGCAACAGGCCGCGCCCAAAAAUGAACACGCUCAAACCAUCGCUGCUCUGUCCCUUAACAACUACCAGAAGGUGAAGCGCGAGCACAAGAGCCUCGACUACGUGACUUCUGACUUCCAGUUAGUGUGGAGCCACGUGCGGCCGCUCACAGCCUCACAGACAGCCGGUAACCUGGAUGCCGAGGAUGACGUCUUACAGUUCCGUCUGGGGAAUGAUCCCGACAUUCCCAGAGCGCACAUCUUGCCUCUCACUCCACGCAAUGUUAUCAAAACUCCCACAAACCCUGAAAUCUUCACUUGUUCGCUUCCAAGCUACAAGCUGUACGCUGCGGUUCCCGAGAGCAGUUACCAGUUCGACGAGCAGAUGAAGGCAUCACUGGAGUGUGGGCUGUCCCACGGGGCAUCCCACAGCAAGCAGUGUGCCACGCCCCUUUCUGACUCCAGCGAGGCCACCAAGCUCUACUCCUCACCACAAGUCCCCCUUAGAGCAAGUCGCAGUUGGGACGAGCUCUCCACCAGCCACAUAUACGAAGAGCCACAGCGGACGUUCUGCGGGUCUGUAGACGAGGGGCUCUCAGAUCUCUCCGACGUGAAUGGUCUUUCUGACCUCUCCGACCUGCCCACUGACUACCUGAGCGACCUGCUCUACAGCGACACCGGCAGUCCUUUACCGAUGCGGCCUCCCCAGCGCUCCAAGAGGCGUCACCGUAAACCUUGUUACGUUAGCACUAGUCCACCCUUACAACACUUCAUACCUACACACCAUCCCACAACCACAACCUCUCAUCAAACAUCAUCUCAAGAGUCAAAAACCCGCCAGUCCACUAAACUGAGAGAGUUGCAGCCAGCCCCGGGGCCUGCUGGUUCUGAAUCCACCCAACCAAACAGUGCUCAACCACUUUCCACUCAUCGUAAGGUUCCCAAGACGCAAACUACCCUCCUUCCACCCGCUCACCGCCCUCUUCCACCCACACAAUAGGCGCCACCAGGGUCAUCCUUUUGCUUAUGGUGGUUCACCUAUAGAUAUCGACAAUAGUGUCAACUCGAGCCUGUCCGCCCCUAGGGCUGGGCUUUAACGUUACCCAUUUAGCUUGUCGAUGGUAAUGAGUGUGACCCAUAGAGAACACUGCUGUGUUCUACCCCUCAGUCCUGGCGAUAAAUAUAAGGCAGCCAUGUGAACAGUCAUCAACAGACCCCUGGAGCAAGAGAGGAACACUGUCUUUAUUUAUUGACUCAGGGGACCCACGAAUGCGCUUCUUGUGCGCUUCUCCGCUGCGCUAGGCUCUUAUUCUCAAAGACCUUCGCCUUCUUGCUUUUUCAAAGUUCACAGAGGUGGUAAAGAAAAAGUCUGAACGGCCUUCGUGGACUCAUAACUCUAAACACAGGAACUAGCUCAGUAAGACUUUCUCAAUUGGUACAGGAACUCUGAACACUUACGUCUUGCUUGGGAUGUGUUAUGUGCCGGUGAUGUAAGAGUCCAAGACUGACCACUAUAAACGAGUGAUGUGCUGUCGACUAUAAUAUAUGUUCACGAGAAUAUAGACACCAGAAGGCCUGUUGAGCCAUACAAAGUAGCUUUCAGGACUGGUAGCUAAGUUUACGCAAUAUAGUCAUGUGACAAAGUUCUCGGAAAGGCAUUUAAUUGGCAAAUGAACACGAUUGACUGUAACAAUUAGCAACACUCCCCAUGUUUGGCCAACGCGAAACAAGCGACGUGAUGACAAGUCUUACUGAUUUAUCAACAAAAAACCAACGACAUAAGUGGUCACAAAAAGGCCAAUUAUAUAACUUACAUGUUUCUGCAUGUGUGGACUAAAAAAUGGAAAAAAAUAAAAAAAGGCAGUAUUCCCCCGGUGGUGUUACCUUCUCCCCCACUUCCUCACCACUACCCACAGUGUGGUUAUUGCCUCCCUCCCCACCGCUGUCCACAGUAGGGGUGGACUUCCCCUUGUCCUCUCACCACUACUACCCGCCCGCCCCAAGCAUGGCGCCGGAGGUGUAAGGGCUUCCAGGACCGCCCUCAGUGUGGCUCCAGGCAAUAUGAGGGGCUUCCAGGGCCGCCCUCAGCGUGGCUCCAGGCGAUGUGAGGGACUUCCAGGGCCCGCCAUAACAUGCUCCCUCACCCCGGCGGCGUGAGGGCUUUCAGGGGUGCCACAAGCUGAUAAUAUCCCUGUUGUGUAAGGGCUUCCAAAGCCACCCCCAGCUUGGCCCUCAACAAGCCUCGGGUUACAUGGACCACACCCCGUGUCCACCCCACAACCCAGUGAUGUACGUGUGUCGACCUCCGCCAGUUAACCUUAGUAUGGAACUCUAUUAAGGCAAACUUGUCGUAGUUGGAAUAAAUGAGGAAGAGAAAAGUGUCUAGUUAACACAAUAGAACAAUAAUGUUAUCAG